UACCAUGAAUCUCUAUUCAGUAUCAAAGCGUCCUGCUGCUGCCUCUCAACCGAAUGGGAUUUCAUGUAGUCUGCAGAUAGAAUUAACUUCAUAAAGUUUUUUUUUUUCUUUAUUUUUCAUUGCGAUUAAAAUAUAUUUGUCAUCAUCAUUAUUAUUUUGCCUGCUGUCAAGUUAUUCUAAAAUUAGGAAGUAAUGAGCGUGGAUGCUUUGGGAAGCCCCGUGAUGGACCCUACGUUUUCCAAACGGAACACGGCGCUGAGAUUAGUUGACUUGGCAGGGGCUCACCACCAUCACCAUCAUCACCACCAUACCCCUCAGAGCGUGACAGGCUUCCCGGGGUUCAGCAGCCAUCCACACUCAAUGGCUCACUCGCACCCUGGGGAGAUUACUGCGGAACCCCGCCUGGGGCCGAGUCCAUUCGGGCCAGAACACAUGGGGCACUCCGCGGCCCUCAAAAUCAGCCCAGCCCAUCAUUAUCCCCACCACCAUCACCACCACCACAAUCAUCAUAUGGCAGGCCACAGUGAAGUGGUCUCCAGUCAAACGGGAGCUUUUGGCCCGGUUCAGGCGACAUCGGUCCCUUAUUCUAUGUCUCACACGGCCCAGGCUUUAUCCGCAGGUAGGGAUUUCCUCAUCCGGAGAGAUCUGACGGCUCAAGCCAUGCCAGUGCUGACCGACCAGACUGCCGGUUCAGCCUCUCACCACGGAAUGUUUGUCUCAACAACAGGUAGCUAUCCCGGACACUAUGGUCAUCACCCUGACGCUGGGAACCAUACCCUCUUCUCCGGACUCCACCACGACCAGCCUUCUAGCGGAUCACCGGGUGGCCAAGCGUUGAAUGGACAAAUAAGGUUAGGACUACCUGGAGAAAUGUACGUUAGGUCUGAUCACUUGAGUCAAGUGGCAAGCUCCAGGGCUGAUCCGUUCUCCGCCUCGUCGUUGCAUGGCUACGGUGGUCUGAAUCUGAACAUGAAUCUGAGCGCUCACCACCACCACCACCACGGAGCCGGUGCCUUUUUCCGCUACAUGAGGCAGCCGAUAAAGCAAGAGCUGAUCUGCAAGUGGCUGGAGCCGGAGCACGCGCCGAAGAAACUUUGCUCGAAAACUUACAGCACCAUGCACGAACUCGUAACGCAUGUGACGGUGGAGCACGUCGGAGGACCGGAGCAGGCGAACCAUAUAUGUUUUUGGGAAGAGUGUCCGAGGGAAGGCAAACCAUUUAAAGCCAAGUACAAACUUGUAAAUCACAUUCGAGUGCACACCGGGGAGAAACCGUUUCCAUGCCCGUUCCCUGGCUGUGGGAAAGUGUUCGCGAGAUCCGAGAAUCUAAAGAUCCACAAAAGGACGCACACAGGUGAAAAGCCCUUCAAAUGUGAGUUUGACGGCUGCGACAGACGCUUCGCCAACAGCAGCGACCGGAAAAAGCACUCCCACGUCCACACCAGCGAUAAGCCCUACAACUGCAAAGUGAGAGGCUGCGAUAAGUCCUACACGCACCCCAGCUCCCUGAGGAAACACAUGAAGGUGCACUGCAAGUCCCCCCCUCCCAGCUCGGGCUACGAGUCGUCCACCCCGUCCCUGGUCUCCCCCUCCUCAGACCUGGGCCGAGAGCCAGGAGGCUCCUCGGUGCUGUCGGAGCCGGUGGGGGCCUCCCAGCCGGCGAAUUUAAGCGAAUGGUACGUGUGCCACAGCUCAGGUGCCAGCGGCGCCCAGACACCACCCAGCGGGCCCUCCACACCCGACCCCACAGAAGAGCCACCUUACAGAAACCCAGAACCGAGGGACGCGUUUUAACGCACCUCGGACUCCUAAACCACCGUUGCAGAGGUGACAAGAACACAUUUUCACAAGCUUAACUAUUGUAAAUGGUUUGGCUUUGGUGCCUGUACGCCUGUUGAAGGCCCACUGGUCCCCCCUCCUCCCUUUGAUUCCUGGAUGAACCACCAAACAGACACCCAGAGCCAAGAGACGCAUUUGAACCACAUUGGAAGGAAAAUGUGUCAGCGUUAAAGACGUGCUAAUUUCCAGGCACAAUAAAAGAAUAUAUUUUCAAACCUCAGCUAUUACGCCCUGACGGCCCACUGGUCCACUUGUGGAGGGGGGGUCGUGUAAAUCCGUUAGACUAUGUGGUACUUUAUCGUAGGCUAGGCAUGUUGGUGUAAAAUUAUUUUGUAAAUUCGAGUUUCUGACUUCAAUAUGCUUUUAUUUAUUUUUCAAUCUAAUAACGAGGGAUUUUUUUUUUGUAUUAUCGAACCAAAGUGCAUGUUUCAAUUCGGGAAAAAAAACCUGUACAUUUGUACAUUUUUGUAAGUUUCGAUGUGUUGAUGUUGAUAGUUUUUUGUAAGGGUGUGUUUCAGAGCAGUGUCUUUCUGCAGUUAUUUGUACAAACGUUUUAUGUUUACAGCACCCCCUCCCCAUCUGUGCAUAGGGUCAACUGUUUCAUACGCCUGCAGUAUUUGAUAUACAACCGUGAAAUUCUAAAUGUUUUAUCAAAGUGGGCAUUUUGUGAUUUUUUGUAUAAUUGUCGUCAACUUUUUUUGUUUUUGUUCCUCUUUUGAAUAUCUCAAAUCGAGUGGCACUCAAAAUGCGCGCCGAAUUGCCUUGUAAUUUGUGAGUAUUUUGAAUAAAUCUUGUAUGACAAA